AUGGACCUUAAUGUGCCACGUCGGUUAAAACUCUCGGUUCGCAGAACAGAGGACCGAGCUGAGGCCACAGGAGCCACAGAAGGCCCAGGAACGGAUAACUUUUUGUCGACUCUCAAGGCUCGGUUGGCAGCAACAGAAUAUCCGGAUGAAAUCGAGUCUGCUGGUUGGGGAUAUGGGAUUGACACCAAGACCGUGAAGAUGUUGACACAAGAAUGGUUGCACCAUUAUAACUGGGAAGAGCAACUGGAACAUUUGAACCGAGAUUUUGAACAUUGGACCUGUCGAGUCAAUGGCUUAGAUAUUCAUUAUAGUAAAGCCAAUGAAAAAGGGGAGGUGAUCAUGCCGUUAUUGUUGAUUCAUGGAUGGCCUGGAUCCUGGUAUGAGUUUGGGAAAGCAAUCCAAUUGCUCAAGAAGAGAGGGCGUUUCCAAAUUAUUGUUCCUUCUUUGCCUGGAUAUGGCUGGAGCCAAGCACCUUCGCAGAAAAAGUUUGGCGUCCGAGAGAUUGCCAAGACGCUGCAUGAGCUGAUGCAGUACCUUGGUUACAAGUAUUAUUUGGCACAAGGCGGUGACUGGGGAGCUAUUAUUACUCGAACACUCGCAACACUUUAUCCGGAUAGCUGUCUAGCGAUUCAUAUCAAUAUGCUUCCAUGUCUCCCCCCUCGACCUUGGACUCGUCCCUUCCAAUCUCUAAAAGCCGCCACAGGCUUUCUUUUCCCUUCUCUGAUAUACAGAAACCAUCCUCGUGAACAAGCCUCGGUUGAGGCACUAAAAGCCUAUGCUAUAGAAGAGGGAGCCUAUUUCUUUAUCCAGGCGACUAAACCCCAGACGCUGGGCCACGCACUGCAUGAUUCUCCUGUAGGGUUGUUGUCAUGGCUGGGAGAAAAAUAUCUCUCUUGGGCGGACUUGGAUCCGCACAAGCCAGAGACUUGGCCGUUUUCCAAGACUGAAUUGUUGACCCAGAUCAUGAUCUACCAUAGCACAGGGACUAUCACCUCAUCGACGAGGAUUUAUUACGAAGCCCAUCAUAAUAAAGACGUUGAAUGGAUGCUCAAGAGUCCAGUUCCUCAUAGGGUGCCUGUCGGUGUCGGUGUCUGGAAUAAGGAGCUCUUCAUGGUUCCAAAGGCCUGGGCAGAUGACUGGAUGAACAUUCAGUCGUGGCAUGAGUUCCCCAAGGGAGGACAUUUUGCAGCAUUUGAACGGCCGGUUGAGUUUGAGAAGGAAAUCACAGAGUUCUUUACUAAAGAGCAAGUUCUGGAUCGCUUUUCCGCCAAGCGACUUGGCCUGAAGAUCUAACAAAACAACGAAUCAUCUUAACUAGAUCUAAAUUAUUGCGUAUAUGAUAUUGCCAG